GUCCCGCCCGCCCUUCAGUCUGAUGUCCGUCCAGCCCUCCAAGCACCUGGAAUGGAAUGAGUCUAUGCACUCCCUCCGGAUAAGUGUGGGGGGCCUACCGGUGCUGGCGUCCAUGACCAAGGCGGCUGACCCGCGCUUCCGUCCCCGCUGGAAGGUGAUCCUGCCGUCCUUCGUGGGCGCCGCUGUCCUCUGGCUGCUCUACUCCCACCGCCCGCCCCCAGGCAGGCCCCCUGCACCCAACGCCCACAACUGGAGGCUCAGCCAGGCGCCUGCGGACCGGUACAAUGACACGUACCCCCUGUCUGCCCCCCAGAGGACGCCGGGGGGCACCCGGUACCGCUUUGCGGUUAUCGCAGACUUGGACACGGAGUCAAGAGCCCGAGAGGAAAACACCUGGUUCAGUUACCUGAAGAAGGGCUAUCUGACCCUGUCAGACAGCGGGGACAAGGUGGCCGUGGAGUGGGACAAAGGUCACGAGGUUCUCGAGUCCCACCUGGCUGAAAAGGGGCGGGGCAUGGAGCUGUCCGAACUGAUUGUCUUCAAUGGGAGGCUCUACUCUGUGGACGACCGGACGGGGGUCAUCUACCAGAUCGAGGGCACCAAGGCCGUGCCCUGGGUGAUUCUGUCCGACGGCGAUGGGACUGUGGGGAAAGGCUUCAAAGCCGAGUGGCUGGCGGUGAAGGACGAGCGCCUGUACGUGGGCGGCCUGGGCAAGGAGUGGACCACCAGCACGGGGGAGGUGGUGAACGAGAACCCGGAGUGGGUGAAGGUGGUGGGCUGCAAGGGCAGCGUGGAGCACGAGAACUGGGUGUCCAGCUACAACGCUCUGCGGGCCGCCGCCGGGAUCCAGCCGCCAGGCUACCUCAUACACGAGUCUGCGUGCUGGAGCGAGACGCUGCAGCGCUGGUUCUUCCUGCCGCGCCGCGCCAGCCACGAGCGCUACAGCGAGAAGGACGACGAGCGCAAGGGCACCAACCUGCUGCUGAGCGCCUCCCAGGACUUCGGCGACGUGGCCGUCAGCCGCGUGGGCGCCGUGGUCCCCACGCACGGCUUCUCCUCCUUCAAGUUCAUCCCCGACACGGACGACCAGAUCAUCGUGGCCCUCAAGUCCGAGGAGGACGCGGGCCAGGUGGCCACCUACAUCCUGGCCUUCACGCUGGACGGCCGCUUCCUGCUGCCGGAGACCAAGAUCGGAGACGUGAAGUGAACCUCCUGCAUUAAAUCCACUCCUCAAGGCACCGGGGAAGGACCCUGUCUACACUUCAGGGUGUUACAGGACUGUUGUGGGCGAGGGCAGACCUCCAGGGACGCAUCUGCCCAAAGCCUGCAGGACAAGGACACAAGUUCGCUCCUUUGUCCUCAGCCUCACAGCCGACAGCCCCCGCCUCUUGUGGCCGACUCCACAGCCUUUCCCUUCAGGAAGAUUCUGUGUCCAGGCAGCACUUUGAUGUUUUAAUUACUCUGCUCGCUUCUGCACCACGUACACUGAGGUUUUAAUUAUUAACUUAUUUUAAUUAAACCAAUUUCCUUUCUCACAGUGGAGUUGCUAAAUCUUAUCACACAGAGCAAAGUCCUAUAGUUAAUAAACUCAUUCCCAGCAGCGGAGACAAGUCAGGAAGUGUAUCAAAAUCCUUGGUCAGAGGACAUAAAGGUAAAACAUUAGCAACUGUCACAAGCCACCGUGGCCUCUAAGACUUCCACGAACGAGGACCUGUGACUUCCUCUAUGGGCCCGCCCUGGGCCCGGGGCGCGGGGCUGUCUCCAGGAGGUGCGUACGAGGCCCACCGGGCCCUGUGCUCCGUGCCCGGGCCUUUUCUUUCUCCCUCCCCCGGGGAGCCCGCAGCCUCCUCUCUGGAAACGGCACACAGGCCUCUCACCUGCGUCCCCACGGCCCCUUCGCGCCCCGCGGCCGAGGCAGAGCGUUCAGGACAGGUCAGCCAGGCCCAGAGUGAGGCGGGCGCUUCUCGGGAGGGGGGGACGUGCGGUGCCUGACGGUCCGGGAAGGACCCGUGUCUCAGGCUGUUCCCACGUGCGGACUCUGACACCGCUGCGGAAGGACCCGUGUCUCAGGCUGUUCCCACGUGCGGACUCUGACACCGCUGCGGAAGGACCCGUGUCUCAGGCUGUUCCCACGUGCGGACUCUGACACCGCUGCGGAAGGAGCCCAGCGAGGACCCCUCUUCCACCAUAAAACAUCUCACAAAAGCCUGUGGCGGGUUCUUUUGGAACUCGGUUCCCGCUGGACGGGGCCUGGAAGACCCGAGUGUUUUCUGACCUUGCCUGGCCAGGCUCCCUGCCCCACGUCCUUGGGGAACGUGCCUGCUGCCGGCGCUGUGCGAGUUUUUAAAACCGAAGCAACCUUCGGAAGGUUGGAGGACUUGGCACCGUCACUACGUCGCGCCCUGUCAGAGGGCACUUUAGUUGGCCUCACGGUUAGGACUCGGGGCUGUUGUAACGCCAGAUAUUUCUUGUUUCUGUGUUGGCUGCUGUACGUGUCAGGGUCGCGUUCCUUCCUGCUGGAGCCAUUGUCUUCUAAACAGGAAAGUGACAGAGGGGACUGACUGCUGCCUCUCCCGGGUGUGUGCUGGCUGUGGGCCAGAGGGCGGGGGCCCUCACACAGGCUGGGGCCCCAGGGCGCGCUCUGUCCUGUGCUGGGCGGGGGUCUGAUGGGCCGCGGGAGCUGGCGGCACAGACUGAGGGAGACUUUCUGGAAACGGAACCCUCCCGGCCCAGCUUUUCCUGUGUCUGAAGGCGCUCGCUCGGUCAUAGAGGUUAAGCAUAUGUGCCGUGAAGUCCCUUGGUGGUUCCAGUCCCGGCCCUGACGCUCCCCAGCCGUGUGACCUGGGACAGCACGUCUGACUUCUCGGUCCUCCGAGCCCCUUGUCUGUAAAGGGAGGAUGCUGGGUGAGCGUGCGCUGGGGCUCUCCGGGCGGCCGGGCGAUGAGGAGGGGGCCCUUAGCGUGUCUGUGGAGCUGCGGGGUCGAGACCGUUCCCAAGGGCGGGCGGUAGCCCAGGAAGCCCUACCUGGAACCUUCAGGGGCACCGGGGAGGCAGGGCUGAUGCAGGGAGGCAGGCCUGGGCUGGCGUAGGAGAGCCUGGGAGGGUGUGCGAGUGCGCUCACGGGUCCCUUUCUCUCUCCAGACCCUCCCGCCCUGCUCUGCGUCCCCAGGGGCUGAGCUGGGGGGGCUCGCCUACUGUCGGGAGGGAGGAGGAUGAGCUGGGGGACCCCAAUUCCCUCCGGCGGGGCUGCGUCUGGCACGUCUCGCAAGGUGGGUCCAUCUGCCCCCAGCCUGCGCUCCAGGCCCUGCUGGCCUGAGAGUGGUCCACGCUGCAGGCACCACCCACCUCCUGGACUGUCCCUACCCCUGCUCACUCCCGCCUCGUAGGGCCCCCCCUUUCUUAAAGCCUACGUCAAUGACCCCAGUUUGGAGCCUUCUGUUUCCUCCUGGGAGCCUGCCCCAUCAGAUACCGCAGGGAGGUCAGGGAAGAAGGUCCGGAGAGUGUCCAUGGACUGAGCCACAAGGAGGACCCGGUGUUCUGGGCAGUCCUCCGGAGAACAGCUCCAGGAGAGCCGGGAGGAAGAAGCCAGAGGCAGCAGCCUGAGCUGGGACCAGACAAGGAACCGGAAACGGAGGAGAGAGGAGCUGGAAAGCAGCCUUGGCCCGUCUCUUUGCGGAGCCUCAGACCCCGCGGACUCUGGCUCACGAGCUCCUCACACGGGUGUGACCGGCCUGCUGGGCGCCGUCUGUAUUCAGCAGGUGAUUCAUCAGUGAAAAGAGAACGCCCAAGCGCCAUCUUGGAACGGGGUGGGAAAAAGUGCGAUUAAUUUCUUCCCAAACGCUAACCCUGUCGUCCGCCCUUGAAAUUGCUGGGUAAAUUGUACCUUCAUAAGACUGUUUAAAAGAUAUAAACCAUAAAUAAAAUGCCUUCAUGCCAA